AAAAAAAAUAAUAAAGAAAGAAAAGAAAUGACUCAGUUAUUUGUUUCACUGUUUGCACGGACAGCUUGGCUCUGGGGUCCUUACAUUCGGGCUGUAACUGGAAAAAUGUGUCCAUCAGGCACCAGAACCCAAUUCACAAACAAAGCCAGGAACGUCCCAAACAGCUGCAGCCGAGGUUUGGGAUAAGGAAGUGAGGCUUUCCUGUCAACCUAAACCUGGCCGCUCAGGACCCGGAAGAAGCAGCCGAGAGUUAAGACGCAAACUGCAGGACUGAUGCACGAUCCGAGUCUCCCUCAGCGGUUCUCCAGGUUCUUGGCGCCAACACGAGCCCCGGGCUCCGUUCCCUGCUGGAACUAUUCAGACGCGCAAGACACGUAACCAGCAGUCCUCCGCCCCGUUAAAUAGUCCUGCCUAGGAUGCCUCGGUGACGCACUUUUCCACCUCAGAAGUCCCUCAGCAGAUAUGCGAUGAGCCUCGGGGAUGCAUCAUCUUUCUGUUCGAAUGGGAGUAUGGGUUUUCUGAUCAUUUUCCCUUCACAGAUUCCUCCGCCAGAAAUCUUACUCGCGGCGUCUUCAUUUCCGGGUCCGCCAUUUCCUUGCCUCUGUUUCUCCACGAGGGGGGGUUAAAGGCCCCCAAAACAUGCACACAUGAAAAGGGCAAAAAGUAACCGUCCUUGACAGGCAGUCUUAACUAGAGAAGGAAACGGGACUAAACUGGCGGGCUCCGUGGAAGCGCGGCCGGCAGCGUCCCGGACGAGGAGAUGUCUUUGGUGGACUUGGGAAAGAGGUUGCUAGAGGCAGCAAGAAAAGGCCAAGAUGAUGAAGUGAGAACAUUGAUGGCAAACGGCGCCCCAUUCACCACAGACUGGUUUUCCAAAUUGAGAGUCUCCUGUGGAUAUAUAGGUGAUAAUUGUAAGCUUGGAACAUCACCCCUCCACCUUGCAGCUCAGUAUGGUCAUUAUUCCACAGCAGAAGUACUCCUUCGAGCAGGUGUUAGCAGGGAUGCCCGGACUAAAGUAGACAGGACCCCCUUGCACAUGGCUGCUGCAGAUGGACAUGCACACAUCGUGGAACUGCUUGUUCGGAAUGGUGCAGAUGUGAAUGCCAAGGACAUGCUGAAGAUGACAGCUUUGCAUUGGGCCACAGAGCGCCACCAUCGAGAUGUUGUAGAGUUACUUAUCAAAUAUGGAGCUGAUGUCCAUGCUUUCAGCAAAUUUGAUAAAUCUGCCUUUGACAUAGCUCUGGAGAAAAACAAUGCUGAGAUUUUGGUCAUCCUCCAGGAAGCAAUGCAGAAUCAGGUGAAUGUUAAUCCAGAGAGAGCCAACCCUGUGACUGACCCUGUGACUAUGGCUGCUCCAUUCAUCUUCACAUCGGGAGAGGUUGUUAAACUCACAAGCCUUGUUUCUUCAGCCAACACCAAAACAACCUCAGGUGACCCCCAUACCUCAACAGUACAGUUUUCAAAUUCUACCACCUCAGUGCUGGCUACCCUUGCAGCUCUUGCUGAGGCAUCUGUCUCCUUCUCCAACUCACAUAGAGCCACAGCCAAUUCAGAGGAAAUUAUAGAGGGAAAUUCCGUUGACUCAUCAAUCCAGCAAGUAAUGGGGAGUGGAGGCCAGAGGGUCAUCACCAUAGUAACUGAUGGAGUCCCUCUGGGUAAUAUCCAAACUUCAAUCCCUACUGGAGGCAUUGGUCAGCCAUUUAUUGUAACUAUGCAAGAUGGACAGCAAGUUCUAACUGUACCUGCUGGUCAGGUUGCAGAGGAGACUGUAAUUAAAGAGGAAGAAGAAGAGAAGUUGCCACUAACAAAGAAACCAAGGAUAGGAGAGAUGACAAACAGUGUGGAGGAAAGCAAGGAAGGCAAUGAAAGAGAGCUACUACAGCAACAACUCCUGGAGGCCAAUCGAAGAGCCCAGGAAUACCGACACCAGCUCCUAAAGAAAGAGCAGGAAGCAGAACAGUACCGUCUUAAGCUGGAGGCCAUAGCCCGACAGCAGCCCAGUGGAGUUGAUUUUACCAUGGUUGAAGAGGUGGCUGAGGUCUAUAUGUAAACCUUAGGAUCAUUUACCCUUUUUGUUUGUGACCACCUUCAAGGCAAGAACUAUAUUUGAGUUUUGUCCCUCAGAGGACUGUGAAAGGCUGCAGCCUUGAAAUUUUUCCUUGUCCUUGCUUUAAAAUCUCGGUUUGAAGAGGAUAAUGAAGUCAAGUGACUGGAUUCUCUACUCCUUCCUUGCUUGCUUUCCUCCAGUAUCUAGGAAACUAGCACUGGCCCCGAGGCACCUUGGUUUAAGUAAGGCACCCCAUACGGGAAAAACUGAGACCUAAAGGACCACUUCAACCUGGUGAAACAAGCGCCACGCAAAAAGAGGUCAGACUCUGGAGGACAACCAAAUUUGGCCAGACAAGCUUAACUGAAAUGGGAGUAAUGUUCAGAGAGCAUUAAAAAAAGCCCUGAGGGUAAAAUCUAUAGAUGAAAAGUAUAAGGAUACAAAGGGAAAGAGAUUGCCUAGUGAAAACAGAUCGCAAAGUUAGGAAUAGGAAUAGCUUAUGCGCUAGUCUGAAGAAAUUACUGUCUCACAAGAUACCAUGCCGUUGCCUUUAGAAAGCGUUUUCACAUUCUAGUACUUGAGCUUCUCAAACCCAUUUUUCAGAUGAACAAAUGGAGGCUCCGGGUGAAGUUUUGACCAAUCAUGAUCACAAAUAAUAAAGCGCGGAACUAGAAACAA